AUGCCGAAGGACCAAGAAGAGAUGCCGAAAGUAAUUGUUACCGAUUGUGAUACCACUUUGAUGAAUUCGGUUGCAAAGGUGUGUGAGAAAUAUCCAAAUUUAUUGAAAUAUGUUGAAAGUACAAUUUUGGACCAACUUAAGGAGAAGAUUGCAUGUGCUAGGACCAAUCAGGUUAUACACCUUGGAAAUAUAACAACAAACCAAGUUGAGUCUGCCCAUGCUACUUUGAAGAAUUGGCUAGGAAAUAAUAAGGAUGCUUUAUGUACAUAUUGGGAUUCUGUGAACCAAAUGAUCCAAAACCAACAUAAUGAGAUACAAGCAUCAUUUGGUCAUAACAUCAUGGUGUUGGAACACAGGUACAAAGAUAACACUUUGUAUUCUCAAUUGGUCGACAAUAUAUCUCAGGCAACUUUGAAUUAUAUUUUUCACGAAGGAAAAAGAGCUGAAAAUGUAGGUUCUGGUAGCUCAAAGUGUGGUUGCACACUUGUGAAAACCUAUGGUCUUCCAUGUGCUUAUGUUAUAUCUAAGAAGGUGAAACUUGAUAGCCCGAUACGAAAGAAUGAAGUUUUCACUCACUAG